AACACAAUCACAACCAACAGCCAAGAUGACGCUCUACUACACUCUCGUAUUCGUGCUGUUGAUGCUGGAGAUGACCUUGUUCAUGCUCCUCAUCAUCCCUCUUCCUUUCACCAUCAAGAGGAAGCUCUUCACCUUCAUCUCUGAGAGUCCCAUUGUAGCAAAAAUACAAUACUGGAUGAAGAUUACAUUCGUCUUCAUCCUCAUCCUGUUCAUCGACAGCGUCAACCGCGUCUACAGGGUCCAGGUCGAACUGGCCAUGGCCACCGAGAAGCAGAACAACGGCGCCGCCGUCAUGGGCCACGAGCGCCUCGAGGUCCAGGCCCGCAAGUUCUACUCGCAGCGCAACAUGUACCUCUGCGGCUUCACCCUCUUCCUGUCCCUCAUCCUCAACCGCACCUAUGUUAUGAUCCUGGAAGUCAUGCGUCUCGAGGACCGCGUCAAGAGCUACGAGGGCACCAACUCCAACACGAAGGAGUCGGAGAAGCUCGCCGUCAGCGGCAAGCCCGGCGAGAUUGCCAAGCUGCGCAAGGAGCUCGACGUCAAGACCCAGGACCUCGAGAACCUCAAGAAGCAGUCUACCCAGCUGCACAAGGCGUACGACGAGCUCAGCGACAAGUACGCUGCCGCCACUGGCGAGCCCGUCGACAAGAAGUUUGACUAAGGGGACGAAAAAAAAAACUCAAUGUACGGGUACUACCGAUCGGGAAAGAGAAAAAGAAAACGGGACUUGAAAGCGCACGCACACACAACGGACUCGGGAAACGAAAGCGUAGGCGUCGGACCUUGGGGGUUAUAGCUGUUCUCCGGUGCUCUGCGGGCUAGCCGGUGGCGAAAGCAGCGAGCGAGCCUCUGGAGGGAGACUCGCUUUUGAAUUAUUAUGACCACUGUUUACUAGUCUCGUUCGAUCUUGUCCCAU